GCUGUUUCGUACCGAAUUCAUUUGAAACAAAUGAAGACUGUGACGAAAAAUAAAAAGAAUCACAAUGAACUGUGCUUAAGUAAAAAAAUGGAAGUCAUAGAAUAUCUUAAAAAUCAUUCCCAAAGACAAUGUUCUGCACAAUUCCAUAUAGCAAAAGGAACAGUAAGCAAUAUAUUUAGAAAGAGAGAUACUAUUUUGAAGCGGUAUGAAGGCGAGUCUGCACCAAAUAAAAGAAAACGCAUCCUCAAAUCUUAUGAAAGCGAAAUAAAUGAAUAUACAUGGGAAUUUUUUCAAAGGGCAAGAGUUAGUGAGCUAAAGAUAUCAGGACCUAUAUUACAAAAUGCUGCAGUUCAAUUUGCGAAACAUUUAAAACAAGAUAAUUUCAAUGCUUCAAAUGGUUGGCUUGAAUCAUUUAAACAUAGGCAUAAGAUAAAUUUUUCAAACAUGAAUUUAGAAUCUGCAUCAACAGAAGUUAGAGGUGCAGAGCUUAAGUUAAAAAUUCCUGAAAUUUUACAAGAACAAGGAUAUUCUAGCAGAGAUGUAUUUAAUGUAGAUGAAACUACUUUAUUUUAUAGAGCACUUCCAAAAGCAUCAUCAAUAGAAAAAUAUCAACAAGCUGGUCAAAAUGAUUCUAAUGAGCGAUUAACUAUAUUAUUAGCUGUAAAUAUGAAUGGAGAAGUCUUAAAACCAUUAGUUAUUGGAAAAUGUUUUAAACCAAAAUGUUUUGGUAAUGUAGAUAGUAAUGAUCUGCCUGUUACAUGGAAAGCAAACAAUAAGGCACAGAUGGUAUAUUCCAUUUUUGAAGAGUGGUUAAAUAAUUUAAAUGAUACUCUUAUAAAUGACAACAGAAAUAUAAUAAUAUUUCUAAAUGAUUUAUUUAAUUAUACCAACAAUGAACUAUCAAAUAUUAAAUUAGUCUUUAUACCACCUACUAGCUCUUCUUUUAUGCAACCAUUGGAUCAAGGUAUAAUACAAAAUUUUAAAGUUUUAUACAGAAGUUCAUUUAUCAAACGGGUAAUUAGUGAUAUGGAAUUAGAUACGAAACAUGACAUAGAUUUAAUGGAUGCUAUAUAUUGGGUUUCAAAGGCUGCAAAAGAUAUUAAUCCUACAAUAAUCAAAAAAUGUUUUUAUAAAUCUGGAUUUUUGGAUGAUAUUGAAUCUCAAGAAUUAAUGGAUAUUGAUACCGAUUAUUUAAAUUCAUCUAUUAUUAAUUCGGAUGUAUUGGGCCAUUAUUUUGUAAAUUUUGAAAACAAUUUUAGAGUUGUUCAUCAUUACAAAAAUAUAGAAGAUAUUAUAAAUGACUUAAUUAAAGAAUUUAGAACUGUAAAAAAUGAUAAAUUUAAGAAGCCAGAUGAUGAUAAUGAUGGUGAUAAUUAUGAUCUUAUAAAUUAUGUAGAAGCAAAUGAAAUUAUCAAAAAAUUGAAAGUAUUUCUUAUGGAAAAGGAAUUAAAUUCAAUAAAUGAGAUUUAUACUAUUGAAGAUAUUGUUAUAGCUGGAUCCUUAAAACAUCUCACCAAAAGAACUAGAUUAAAGCAUCUUUUGAAAUCUUAAUAUUUUUUAGUUUUAAUUUUCAUUAUAUUGUAAAUCAUUUUUUUUUAAAUGUAUUUAUUGUUUUUAAGCAAUUUUUUUAUUAUAUUUAAAAAACAAAUUAUUGCUUAUAUCAAGUAUAAUAUUUAUUUGUAGAAUAAAUUAUAUUAAACAAUG